UCGAGCCGAAUGGCAACCUUCUAUGUGCUACCGCACUUAUCUGGUGACGAACCAUUUUAGGCAAAUUAAAAUCCUGGCCAAAAUGAAAGUUGCCCUAUAAAAAUACCACAAAAUUCCAGAGUAGGAUUAUAGCAAGCUACGGUCACACAUGAUUUGCAGACUUCCGUUCUCUUUUUGUGAAGGCGUGAUCGAGUGCAGUUCAAUAUUGUGCAAAAUCCAUAUUUAAAAAUCCACGAGCAUCGUGUGGUUCGGAUUAUAGUUUUUCAAGGCAAAUACUGCCGAGUGAUAGUUUACCUUUAACUGCGUCGCUGCCGGUCCCACGUUUGGAGAUAGGAGUUUUAGUGGCUGCGUCGCCAAGGCGAUAGAUUUACAACUGCUGGCAUCAGGAGCACCCACCGUGUGCAGUGGAAGGCUGGGCUUGACCUCUUCUGCUGCCGACAGAUCACAGGUCAACCCACCCCAGAGUUGGCGUUCUUUUUUUUCUUCAUCGCCGCACGCAGGAAGCAGAUCGCCGUGCAUCCAUUUAAUGCACAAAUCAGCUUGGUGUCUUCUUCAACCCUGCGUUUUCCAAUAAUAUUUGGGCACAACACGAGCCCCAGGCUGGCCUUGUCGCUGCGUAUGCUGCGAACCCGAAGCAGCCGCAACACGAAUGAUCGUGUCCAGUAUUAAGUAUAUUUAGAAUAGUUUUUUUUAUAUUUGAGUUAAUUUUACAUAAGAAUAUUUACUUAUAAAUUUCUAUAAUUCUAAUUUAGCUUAACUUGUGGGAGAUCUGACAAGUUUAUAUAUGUGAUUCUCCUGAUUUAUAGUAAUAACUACAGCAAAUCAUCAAACGUCAUCAGGCCUGCUGACAUCGAUGGAAAGUGCGUGAGUACAGAACAAAAUAAUAAAACACACAAACAUAUAUAUAUAAAAGUCAGAUAUUCCUAAAUAGUAUUCUUAAAAUAUCCUGCCUUAAUUAAUCAUGAUUUAAAGAAGUUUAUAGUUUAAAUACUCAUUAAUCAUAAAUAAUUCUAAUGUAAAAUAAGUCGAAGGAACAAAAGAAUAAUGUAAGCUUAUAUACCAGUAUUUGAAUUUCUACCUUAAUUAUUUUUAUUUCAUUUUGUCGCUGAUAAUCAAAAUUAAUCAAUAAGAGAUUUUCUUAACAUAAAUAACGUAAAUUUUAGUUUAAGGCUUAGGUUUAGGAAAAUGUAUCUGAAUCUUAUAUUUAUCUUUAAUUAUAUGGGGUCCAAAAUGAAUUAAUUUGACUUCUUGUUGGGCACCAAAGGGUAUGUAGAGCAGUGGUUGUACUAGGGUGGAGUCCGAAUGGAUUCCACAGGUAGGGUGGGUAAUGAAUAAGGCCAAUAACAUCUGGGCUUCGUCUUCAAUAGGUACACCUUCUUGUCCGCUUCCUAACCGUUUGGUUAUCGUUUUUUGAAUCUACCGUAUCUCUGUCUACACUAUUGUAGCUGUAACACUCUUUGUUCAUCACAACACAAAACCCACGCCCAUUUUCCCUGAGCAUGCCGGUAAAAAUCGUAGACAGAGUGUGUUGGGGUGGACAACGCUCUAUGAGUGUGUUCGUUACAGUUAUAAUUGGCGCCCAACGUGGGGCAGCCCGAUGCCUGAUUAGGCACUUGUCGUUUGACAACCGAGCUUCCCGUUAAUAAACAAUCCAUCCACUUUUAGUUUCAGUUAGGUAUUUCAUAUUCCGUCCUGGAAUUUAUGGUCUCUGGAGAGUUCCGGAGCCAUACCGGAGGAAAUGUUAUGCUUUUAUGUGUUUUUUUUUCUAUCAGUUCAGUAAUAACCGAACAGUAUUGUUAAAAAAACAACAUUCUAAUUUGAGUAAUUGAUUCUUAGGAAUUAUAGUUCUGAUUUAAAGUCGGUUCUAUACCAGGAUUUCACUAUUCAAAAAUUACCUCCUUAUCAUUUAGGAUCGAGAUUUUUCUAGCUGGAUAGAUUCGGCUAGUUACUCUUCUAAGUGGUAAGAGUUCAUAAAUAAUAAAAGACAUUUAUUUUACAACUCUGUAUGCAUACCCCGUUAGCUUUUCGUACCUAUUGAAUUAUACAACCUACUGCUUUACUACUCAGGGUAAGACCCGCAGGUAUUAUUUUGUUCUCUUAACUGGUAUCUUUUUGUCGCCUAGCGUUGAUCGUUGGAUCUUAGCGCGUACUCAUUAUCUUUUUUUCGUUUAUCUUUGAUCGUUGGAUCUUAACGUUUUUGCCUACUAUUGAUCGUUUGAUCUUAUCGCUUAUCUUUCUUGUUUUAACGAGAGGAAUUGUUAGACUUUAAGUAUUAUUCUAGAAGCUUCGAAAAUGAUGAUGCGAAGUAAUGAAAAUUUAGUUGACGUAGAUACGGAUGCGUUGGUGACAUGCACCAUCUGCAACGGGCCAGUACGUAAUCUGGAUUUGGUUGAAACCCGUUGUAAACAUUCCUUUCACAAACAUUGCCUUGACAACUACCUUAAGAACCAUGACAAAUGCCCCAUAUGUGGCCAGCCAUGUUCUCAAUCCGAGUUAGGAUCUCAUUUGCCUUUGUCGACUAAAUCUCAAGGUAACAGAAUGAUGACCCGUUCAGGUUCUCGGAAUACAGCCAAACAACAUGAGAAGUCUGAUCCAAAUUCCCAACAGGAAAUUUGUAGCGAUAGUUCAGAUUCCAGAGUUGUGACAGAAGACCGUGUUCAGCAAAUAGUCCAAAGUUCAAUGCAGGCCUUUCAAGCAAGCAUGCUACAAUCAGUGACAGAACAAAUCACUAUGGCGUUCACUCAAUUGAAUAAAUCCACAUUUGUAAAUAAUGGACAGAGUGAGCUGCAGCAGGACAUACAAAAUAAUUUCGGUCGAGACGUUCCCGAAAUAAACUCAGAAAGAAAUAACAAUUCACAUGUUAGGACUUCACCAGACUUUCGUAGCGAUCGGAGUGAUCUUUCAUUGGAUAGACCUGAUAGGAUUUCCAAUAUUAUAUCAAAUUGGCGUAUUAAAUUCAGCGGUUCAGCCAACGACAUUGCCAUUGAGGAUUUUAUUUACCGCGUAAAUUGUCUCACUUCGCAAAGCCUGAACGGAAACUUCGAACUUCUUUCCCAUUUCGCUAAUUUACUGUUCGCAGGACCGGCCUUAGCAUUUUAUUGGCGUGUUCACAGAUCGCUGGAUAACAUGAAUUGGAACGUGUUAUGCAGGCGUUUAAAGGAAAGAUAUCAAGAUCAGAGAUCUGAUCGUGAAAUUAAAAUUGCUAUGCGUUGCCGCAAACAGGGUAGCACAGAAAAUUUUGAUGACUUUUUGGAUGCAAUGCUUUCCAUUGCAGAUUCCCUUCGUGAACCAAUGCAGGACAGUGAGAUUACUGUAGAAGUUCGUCAUAAUCUCAAACCGGAGAUCAAGCACGAAUUACUGCACGUAGACACCCCAAAUUUAGCAACAUUGCGCAAAGAAUGUCAUCGUCACGAAGAUUUCUUUCAAAGCACCCGGACAAAACCAAUCCAACGUCCGAACACAAGCAAGCGUUUUGUAACCGCAAUUCUGCAGAAAGAUGAUUCCGAAGAUCAGUCUGAGGAAGAACAUGAUGUUGAGGACGAGAUUUGUGUCGUUAGGACUCCUGAGAAAAUGAAGUGCUGGAACUGCGAUGAAUCAGGUCACGGUUACCAGAAUUGCCUUAAGACACGCCGUAUUUUUUGUUAUGGUUGCGGAACACCGGAGGUGUAUAAACCCAACUGCGCAAAAUGUAAAUCGACAUCGGAAAACUCUCAGCAAGGCAUUCGUUAUGCGAACAAAACGAAUGUCCGCCCUUAGCUUCGAAAAUACAAACUGAACCAAAUUCUGUGGCAAAUGAUGUUCAUUCCAUUCUGCCUUCAACUCAACCUGACGUAACAUUAUCCCAAACUUUUAAUCCAUAUCAUUUGCAAGUGCUGGAGAAUGCGAAUCGUAAAUUGCAAUUAUCUAGGGAAAAUUCACUUAAUAAUCGAAAACACCGACCAUCACGGCGAAUUCGUAAGUUUUGGAUUCGUAAACGAUCAUUCAACCGUUUUACGAUUUCAUCAAUUGUUCAAAAUAAGAACGAUAUUCGACCUGUCACACACAUUGACUUAUUUGGUCAAUCGCAUUUAGCUCUCCUAGACAGUGGUGCCAACAAAAGUGUUAUAAGUGGGGAGCUAGCACAACAAUUAAUAUCAUGCCAAGGACAUUUGGUAAUUGCUUUUGACUCCUUUGUCAGUUUUUAUUGUUAGUCACAGGGACUAAAAAUCAAAUCUGUGGUUGUGGGAGUCGAGCCGAAUGGCAACCUUCUAUGUGCUACCGCACUUAUCUGGUGACGAACCAUUUUAGGCAAAUUAAAAUCCUGGCCAAAAUGAAAGUUGCCCUAUAAAAAUACCACAAAAUUCCAGAGUAGGAUUAUAGCAAGCUACGGUCACACAUGAUUUGCAGACUUCCGUUCUCUUUUUGUGAAGGCGUGAUCGAGUGCAGUUCAAUAUUGUGCAAAAUCCAUAUUUAAAAAUCCACGAGCAUCGUGUGGUUCGGAUUAUAGUUUUUCAAGGCAAAUACUGCCGAGUGAUAGUUUACCUUUAACUGCGUCGCUGCCGGUCCCACGUUUGGAGAUAGGAGUUUUAGUGGCUGCGUCGCCAAGGCGGUUAGUAUUGUUUUUCGCUAAACUUUUGACCACGCGUGAAAUUUACUGUGGCUUCAUUGAUCGCAGAUAGAUUUACAACUGCUGGCAUCAGGAGCACCCACCGUGUGCAGUGGAAGGCUGGGCUUGACCUCUUCUGCUGCCGACAGAUCACAGGUCAACCCACCCCAGAGUUGGCGUUCUUUUUUUUCUUCAUCGCCGCACGCAGGAAGCAGAUCGCCGUGCAUCCAUUUAAUGCACAAAUCAGCUUGGUGUCUUCUUCAACCCUGCGUUUUCCAAUAAUAUUUGGGCACAACACGAGCCCCAGGCUGGCCUUGUCGCUGCGUAUGCUGCGAACCCGAAGCAGCCGCAACACGAAUGAUCGUGUCCAGUAUUAAGUAUAUUUAGAAUAGUUUUUUUUAUAUUUGAGUUAAUUUUACAUAAGAAUAUUUACUUAUAAAUUUCUAUAAUUCUAAUUUAGCUUAACUUGUGGGAGAUCUGACAAGUUUAUAUAUGUGAUUCUCCUGAUUUAUAGUAAUAACUACAGCAAAUCAUCAAACGUCAUCAGGCCUGCUGACAUCGAUGGAAAGUGCGUGAGUACAGAACAAAAUAAUAAAACACACAAACAUAUAUAUAUAAAAGUCAGAUAUUCCUAAAUAGUAUUCUUAAAAUAUCCUGCCUUAAUUAAUCAUGAUUUAAAGAAGUUUAUAGUUUAAAUACUCAUUAAUCAUAAAUAAUUCUAAUGUAAAAUAAGUCGAAGGAACAAAAGAAUAAUGUAAGCUUAUAUACCAGUAUUUGAAUUUCUACCUUAAUUAUUUUUAUUUCAUUUUGUCGCUGAUAAUCAAAAUUAAUCAAUAAGAGAUUUUCUUAACAUAAAUAACGUAAAUUUUAGUUUAAGGCUUAGGUUUAGGAAAAUGUAUCUGAAUCUUAUAUUUAUCUUUAAUUAUAUGGGGUCCAAAAUGAAUUAAUUUGACUUCUUGUUGGGCACCAAAGGGUAUGUAGAGCAGUGGUUGUACUAGGGUGGAGUCCGAAUGGAUUCCACAGGUAGGGUGGGUAAUGAAUAAGGCCAAUAACAUCUGGGCUUCGUCUUCAAUAGGUACACCUUCUUGUCCGCUUCCUAACCGUUUGGUUAUCGUUUUUUGAAUCUACCGUAUCUCUGUCUACACUAUUGUAGCUGUAACACUCUUUGUUCAUCACAACACAAAACCCACGCCCAUUUUCCCUGAGCAUGCCGGUAAAAAUCGUAGACAGAGUGUGUUGGGGUGGACAACGCUCUAUGAGUGUGUUC